CGAGAACUUGAAUAUCGACGGUCGGGUUUCUACAUAGCCGAAAUAUUACAAAGCGUGCAGCGCGCUUUGUCAGUCUCGAGCUCCGAGUUGCCGGUGCUCUCUAAUCCAACAAGACCGUCAUCUCAUGUGAUGGGCCAUUAUGGCACAAUUUCUCACUGCCCCGCAUCCUGAAGGUCCUAACGUCUUAGUCAUAGACACCAAUUAGGAAAGCCCUCUCCGACAUCAACUACGCUGCCGCAUUUAGAUGCGGUCCCGCGUCUGUAGAUCCAGAUAUUAGAAAUAGGCGGCACGUUUGCUUUCCCAGUAAGUUCAAAUAAAUCCGAUUUCGCGGAACUUUCUUCGAUCGAGAUGCCGCUUGAAAAUGACUACUUAUUCGUGCGCGAUAUCUCGUAUCAUCUACAAUCAUACAAAUCAUGGUCGCUCUCAAACACCCUCCCCUCGAUAGAUCUUUGUCCUUCUCUCAAUUGCUUGAGUUCAAUGCGCAACAUAACCCGGACGUCCCUUUCUUUGUCUACCACAAACCUGACAGCAAUGACCUGGUCUCUAUCUCUCACUCAGACUUCUAUCGAGCUUGUCAUCGGGCUGCCCAGGCAAUUAGGACAGCCUCCGCAGGCGCACAUCAACAAGUCGUCGCCCUCAUCGCGAACUCCGACACCCUUCUUUACCAGACAGUGUUCAUGGGUAUCAUCUUCGCUGGGCUAGUUCCAUUCCCCAUGUCCCCUCGGAAUUCGGUGCCAGCAGUCACGAGUAUGAUGCAGAAGACAAGGUGCCGUCGCUUAAUCACGACGCGGCACUCUCUCGCUUCCCUUAUCGACGGGGUCGAAGCGGAUCUUGUGUCUGCCACUCAAACGAGUCCGCUACAGAUUGACGAGAUUCCGACGCUGGAACACCUGUACCCCUCAUUCGUUAGUGGUACUCCCAACGAGGCUAUUGUCCCGUACUCUCCCCUAGCUUCGCCGUCGUCUUGGAACGAUGUAUUAUUCUUUCUGCACUCCUCUGGCAGCACUGGCUUCCCAAAACCCAUUCCAGUGACUAACUUGACUGCCACCCACUGGUGCAUAACGCCAUCUAUUUUCGACCUCAUCAACUUUCCCACUCCUAUUCGCAUCUGUGCUGCGUCCUUACCAUCAUUCCAUACCCUUGGUGUAUAUUUUCAGCUGGUCACCCCUAUCGCCUCCCUGAGCAGUGUGUCUAUUUACCCGCCUACAUCAUUCCUCGAUCCAUUGGCGGCACCUGUACUACCCAACUCGCAAAAUAUCCUGGACACUAUAGUCGAGACGAAAUCAAAUGCUUUGAUAGUCGUGCCUGCCUUUCUAGAACAAUGGGCGUCUUCGCCGAGUGCUGUCGAUGUUCUGAAGAACCUCGAAUAUGUUGCCUAUGGUGGCGGUCCUCUCGCGCCUAAGACGGGAAAUGGUCUGGCGGAUGCAGGGGUCAAGCUUUCUUCUGGCUACGGCGCUACAGAAUUUGGUGUCAUCACUUAUUCCAUCCGACAUUCGGUCGAUCAAAAGCUUUGGGACUGGCUACGAUUUGGACCAAAUUCCAAGAUCAGAUGGGCUCCACAGGACGAUGGCACAUAUGAAUGUCAAAUCUUGACAACCCCGACGCAUCAAGUAUCAGUAGAGAAUCUUCCGGACGUCAAGGGUUAUGCUACUUCAGAUCUAUUCAUCAAGCACCCGACCAUAGAGGGUUUGUGGAAGAUUGUAGGAAGGAUCGACGACGUUUUGGUACUCUCGUCCGGGGAGAAGACAGUACCGGGUCCCAUGGAAAGCAUUGUCUCUGCUAACCCCUACGUAGCCGGCGCCGUCAUCUUUGGCCGUGGACGCAAUCAAGUUGGGAUCCUCGUAGAGCCACGAGCAGGGUCUGAAAUUGAUGUUGAUGACGAAAAUCAACUUGCUGAGUUUAGGAACCGAGUGUGGCCGGACAUAGAGGAAGCGAAUAAAGAGGCUCCUGCCUUCAGCAGGAUCUUCAAAGAAAUGAUUCUUGUGACACACAGUAAGAAGCCCAUGCCUCGAGCUGCAAAAGGGACCGUCAACAAGAAACUAAGCGUCAAGUUGUAUGAGGAGGAGAUUAAUGCCCUAUAUGAAAAGGUAGAGGGCAGCGCUAGAGCAGGUAUUGAUGUACCUCUACCUACAAGCUGGACUGCGGAAGACGUCGAGGGAUGGCUCAAGGUCCACGCUGCUGCUGUGAACGCCGACAAGGAAGUUGAUCCUGAUGCGGAUCUUUUCACUCAGGGCUUUGACAGUCUAUCUGCGACAUUUCUCAAAAACCGCAUUAUCGGCUCUCUCAGUUCGUCUUCAGAUCGCGACCUUCAGGCAUCAGCAUCGCGGAUUGACCAGAACAUCAUAUUUUCAAGUCCUUCGAUUCGCCAGCUCGCGAGAAGCGUCAUUAAUGCAGUAUUGCAGCAGGGUGGUGCAACUACCGUCGACGCCAAGACUGAUAUCGAGAACAUGAUCGCGAAGUAUUCAGUCGGGUUAGGGAACUCUGUCACAGAGACUCUAGUCAAUGGGCGUAGCCAAAGCAAUCAUGGGAUUGUCCUGACCGGGUCUACGGGUGGUCUUGGCUCAUACCUGCUUGGAGAUCUACUCCAGCGCGAGAACGUGUCUGUGGUAUAUGCCUUCAAUCGCCCGUCGAAGGGGACAUCCAUACAAAAGCGACAGAAAGAUGCGUUCGAAGAUCGCGGUUUAGAUAUUUCCGUGCUUCAGUCAGACAAACUAGUGUAUGUGGAAACUGAUACAUCCCACGAUAACCUAGGUCUGGAUAAAGAGUUAUAUGAGAAGAUCCGCACGUCUGUUACUGUCAUCAUUCACAACGCUUGGCGACUUGACUUCAAUCUGGCGCUCUCUUCAUUCGACUCUUAUGUGCGGGGAAUGAGGAAUCUUAUAGACUUGGCACUAUCUUCUCCCCAUCAUCCAAAGCCACGCCUCCUGUUCGCAUCCUCCAUCUCAUCUGCUCAAAGUUGGGAUCAAGCAAAAGGACCAUUCCCCGAAGAGGUGGAAUACGACGCAGGGGUCGCAGUGGGCCUUGGCUAUGGCGCGAGCAAAUACGUUUCGGAAAGGAUUCUCGUCAAUAGCGAGCUACCGGCAACAUCGUUCAGAAUUGGACAAGUAUCAGGAGGACCCCCGCGAGGAGCUUGGUCCACGACAAACUGGGUACCGAUCUUCAUCAAAUCAAGUAUAAGUCUAGGCGCACUUCCGGAAGCUCAAGGAUUUGUGUCUUGGAUCCCUCCUCACGCCAUAUCAAAUGCUAUUCUUGAUGUAGCUUUCGCGGAAGAAGAACCUUCCAUCGUGGUGAAUCUGGUGCAUCCGAAACCUACUGCAUGGAAAGCGUUGAUACAGCCCAUUGCGGACGCCCUGGUUGAGCGUAAAGUAACAAGUCACCCGCUACCUCUUGUGCCAUUCUCAGAGUGGUUCGAAAGGCUUGAAUCGAGUGCCAAAGACUUGAACGAAGAGACCAUGAAACGCAUCCCUGCUAUCAAGCUUCUCAGCUUCUUCCGUGCCAUGGCUCAUUCAGACAGCGCGAUCAGGGCGUCUGGAAAGAUGGACUCCGAAGCGGGUGGCUUGAAUUUAUUCGCCACCGCCGUAGCCGAACGCGUCAGUCCAACGAUGAAGGAACUAAAGCCACUGUCUUCGGCAGACGCGGCACAGUGGUUGGAUUAUUGGAUGGCAAUGGGGAUGUUUGAAUGAACAUAUGAGUAAGAUUAAGCAGCAGUUAUCUCUUGUCUCUGACAACAUAGACGACCAGAACUCGGGAGAUUGUACUCGUUUUUGAAUUUUUUUUGGAGAAAUGCCGAUGGAAUGCAACUUUUCUGGUUCUACCUGUUUGCUCAGCUAGCUGUUUAAAUUCUUUGUAUUUUGUACAAUAUAUAUGUCCCCUAAAUAUCGAUAACUCCGAUGUGUUAGUACAAUGCGAGCUUUGAAGACAACGAUCGAUAGACGUCAAGCGCACAUG